ACUGGAAGAGCCCACCACGAAAACGUCCCAGUUUGAUUUUAUUUGAGCUGUUUAAAUUUUAUUUAGACGACAAUUAAUAAUAUGUUUUUUUAUUUAAAUUCAGAAUUUUUACGUUUCUAUUCCAAUUUAUGUAAAAUUAUGCACGUUUAAAAAAGUUAAAAAUUACUACUUGGUCCCGCCCUUCACGCCCGUAGAGUCUUCCAGAAGUCGCCGGCAAAGUGUGCGGCUUGAAGCUCCGCUACACUCCAGAGUUUCAUCUAUAAAACACACUAUUUCAUCAGUGACGGAUUAAUUCUACACCCCAAAUCCUUUGCCAAGAUGUCAACUUUAGGCACGCUUGCCUUUGAUGAAUAUGGAAGGCCUUUUAUCAUCAUUAAAGACCAGGAUAAGAAAACACGGCUAACGGGCAUUGACGCAUUGAAGUCUCAUAUUAUGGCAGCAAAAGCAGUUGCAUCAACGCUUAGGACAUCUUUGGGACCUAAUGGGCUGGACAAGAUGAUGGUUGACCAAGACGGAGAAGUGACUGUUACCAAUGAUGGAGCCACGAUUCUCAGCAUGAUGGAUGUGGACCAUCAGAUUGCGAAACUUAUGGUGGAACUGGCCAAGUCCCAAGAUGAUGAGAUUGGUGAUGGAACCACUGGAGUUGUUGUGCUGGCUGGUGCUCUGCUCGAGCAAGCUGAGCAGCUGCUGGACCGCGGAAUCCACCCUAUCAGGGUCUCUGACGGUUACGAUCAGGCCGCACGUAUCGCGCUCCAGGAGCUCGACAGGAUUGCGGAAACCUUCCCUUGCGAUCCUAACAACACGGAACCCCUCAUUCAGACCGCCAUGACAACGCUGGGAUCGAAAGUCAUCAACCGGUGCCACCGACAAAUGGCUGAGAUCGCUGUAAAUGCCAUUCUCACCGUGGCCGACAUGGAGAGGAAAGAUGUCGACUUUGAGCUUAUCAAGAUGGAGGGUAAAGUGGGAGGCAAGUUGGAAGACACACAGCUCAUCAAGGGUGUCAUUGUCGACAAAGAGUUCAGUCACCCUCAAAUGCCAAAGGUUCUGAAAGAUGUUAAAAUUGCAAUCCUCACCUGCCCGUUUGAGCCCCCUAAGCCGAAAACCAAGCAUAAGUUGGAUGUCACCUCUGUGGAGGACUACAAAGCUCUGCAGAAAUAUGAAAAAGAGAAGUUUGAAGAGAUGAUCCAGCAGGUCAAAAGCAAUGGCGCUAACUUAGCCAUCUGCCAAUGGGGCUUUGACGACGAAGCCAACCAUCUUCUGCUGCAGAGCAAGUUACCUGCAGUCCGUUGGGUUGGCGGGCCUGAGAUUGAAUUGAUUGCCAUCGCCACUGGAGGUCGCAUUGUACCAAGGUUCUGUGAGCUGACCCCGGAGAAGCUAGGCACUGCUGGCUUGGUGAAAGAGAUCUCUUUUGGUACCACAAAGGAUCACAUGCUGGUGAUUCAGGACUGCAAAAACACCAGGGCUGUCACCAUUUUCGUUCGUGGAGGAAACAAAAUGAUUAUUGAUGAAGCUAAGCGAGCCCUCCACGAUGCUCUAUGCGUCAUUCGUAACCUGGUCAGAGACAACCGUGUCGUCUAUGGAGGCGGAGCUUCAGAAAUUGCUUGCGCUCUGGCUGUCAAUCAGGCUGCUGACAAGUGCCCGUCAUUGGAGCAGUAUGCAAUGAGGUCAUUUGCAGAUGCUUUAGAGGUAAUCCCAAUGGCGUUGGCUGAGAACAGUGGCCUGAACCCCAUCCAAACCAUGACUGAGGUCAGAGCCAGACAAGUCAGAGACAAAAACCCAUACUUGGGUAUUGACUGCCUGCAUAACAACACCAACGACAUGAAGCAGCAGCAUGUGAUCGAGACCCUCAUUGGCAAAAAGCAGCAGAUCUUACUGGCAACCGAAGUGGUCAAAAUGAUUCUCAAAAUCGACGACAUCCGAAGUCCAGGAGAGUGCGAGGACUGAAGACCCCACCAGAGCACGUGCUCUAGAAUGUCGUAAGAUGCCUGUGCAGUUCUAGAAAUUGGAGGCACUUCCCUAGCACUGUGUCCGAACACCACCGGUUACUGCUAUUUAUCGUUUGAUACAACUCCUGCAACCUGGUCUAGUGUCAAAGUUGCCAUUAAAAUGUUGGUCUGUAAAAAAAUC